UCACAUCAACACUCCCUGAUGAUCACAAGGGAAUAUGUCACUCUUGUUUUGGUGGGCUCUUGUUUCCUGCUGGACUACAGCUCCCAAAGUGCUCAGCUCCAGAGCAGAACUAAGGGUGCGGUAAUGAUAGACAGGGGGGCCACUGGACCCAAAACCAUGAGGGAGUCUGUCGGCGAAGUGACGUCAAUGGAGGGUAGGACGAGGCAUAGGAGACAUGGAAGGUCAAGGGCCCAACGUAUUAAAAGAGGAUGGGUGUGGAACCAGUUCUUCGUCCUGGAGGAGUAUAUGGGAUCUGAACCGCAAUAUGUUGGAAAGCUCCACACAGACAUGGACCAUGGAGACAGUGCGGUGAAGUACACUCUGUCAGGCGAAGGAGCCGGGUCCACUUUCACCAUCGAUCAAAUUACAGGAGAUAUUCAUGCACUGGUGGGACUUGACAGGGAGGAAAAGUCCUUCUUCACACUGAGGGCCCAGGUUGUUGACAUCAACACAGGCCUUCCUCUGGAACCAGAGUCUGAGUUCAUCAUCAAGGUGCAGGACAUCAACGACAAUGAGCCACGAUUCCUAGAUGGACCGUACAGCGGCAGUGUCCUGGAGAUGUCCCCAACAGGAACCUAUGUGACACAGGUGACUGCCACAGAUGCAGACGAUCCCACAUAUGGCAACAGCGCACGCAUCGUCUACAGUAUCCUUCACGGACAGCCCUACUUCUCUGUGGACCCUAAGACAGGAGUUAUCAGGACAGCACUGGCCAACAUGGACCGUGAGGUGAAAGAGGAGUACCAGGUUCUUCUCCAGGCCAAAGACAUGGGAGGUCAGCUGGGGGGGCUGGCGUCCACCACCACCAUCAACAUCACCCUCAGAGAUGUCAACGACAACCCGCCCCGCUUUGCUAAGAGUAUAUUCCACCUACGGGUGCCAGAGUCUGCGCCAGUUGGCUCGGCGGUGGGUCGGAUUCGGGCACAUGAUUUGGAUGUUGGCAGCAAUGCAGAGGUGGAUUAUAACAUUGUUCCAGGAGAUGAGGGCAACAUGUUUGAAAUCAUCUCUGAUGGCCAAACUCAAGAGGGAGUCAUAGUCUUGAAAAGGACCCUCGACUAUGAAACCAAAAAAUCAUACAUUUUCAAGGUCGAGGUAUCCAACGCACAACUGGACCCCCGUUUUCUCCACCUAGGGCCCUUCAAGGACUCUGCGACGGUGAAGGUGACCGUCCUGGACAUGGCGGAGCCUCCUGUCUUCACCAAGCCGUUUUACUCCAUGGAUGUGUAUGAGGACACUCCUCUAGGGACCAUCAUUGGCUCGGUAACCGCCCAUGACCUGGAUGCCAGCAGCAGCGCUGUUAGGUACUCGCUGGAAUGGAACGAGGCUGACAGCUGUUUUGACAUUGACACUGUUGAGGGAACUAUUUCCACUAAUGAAUACCUGGACAGAGAGACAGCUGUACAGCACAAGAUCAAUGUGGUGGCAACCAAAGUCAACAACCCACUGCUGUCCACCAAAGUGUCAGUGACAGUCAACAUCCUGGAUGUGAACGAGUUCCCUCCUGAGCUGGCUGUUCCUUCAGAAUCCUUUGUGUGUGAGAACUCCCGAAUCGGACAGGUGAUCCAGACUGUCAGUGCUGUGGACAAGGAUCUUCCUCCUGUCGGCCAGAGGUUCUUCUUCAAGAGCCCCAAAGAGCUCCGCAACAGAAACUUCACUGUUCGAGAUUUUGGAAACAACACUGCCGGUAUUGUGACCAGACGCUCAGGCUUUCAGCGGCGGCUGCAGGACUUCUACGUUCUUCCUGUGGUGGUCGAAGACAGCGGUUACCCUGCUCAGAGCAGCACAGCCACCCUCACCAUCCGAGUGUGCUCCUGCGAGAUGGGGGGCUCUCUGCUGACCUGUUCAGCAGAGGCCAUCUUCUUGCCUGUGGGCCUCAGCACCGGAGCCCUGAUGGCUAUUCUGCUGUGUGUAGCUCUGUUGAUUGUUAUGGCAGCGCUGUACAUGAGCCAGAGGCGCAAAAAAGAGAAAGAGACUCUGAUGACAUCAAAAGAAGACAUACGUGACAAUGUCAUUCACUACGACGAUGAGGGCGGCGGCGAGGCGGACACUCAUGCCUUCGACAUGGGCACCCUGCGCAACACACACUCACAGCAAGCCAAAGCCCACAGUGCCGUCUCCAAGAUAGAAAAAAAUGGCUAUGGGGACGGGGUUCUGCUGCAUCUCACCAGCCGCAACGACGAUGUCAGGUCACCUGACAUCCAUCGUCAAACAGCCAGCGUUAUUGUUGCCGUGAAUGAAAAGACCCCGCUCUCUUCCUGUGGCAGAGUGACUGAGGGCGAUGCGGAGAAGAUCCGGGAGUUUAUCGAACACCGGUUGGAGGAGAGCCACAAGGGUUAUGCCGCUCCGCCCUAUGAUUCAUUAGCAACCUACGCCUUCGAGGGCGAUGGCUCCGUGGCGGGUUCACUCAGCUCCAUAGAUGAGUCUUGGGUAAUUGACAGUUCAGGGGAUUUUAGUUAUCUUGGUGACUGGGGACAACCGUUCAAAACACUGGCUAGCAUCCUGGACAGACAGCCGCCCACUCUGUCUAAGGAGAGCUGA